AUGGAGUCACAUCUUCAAGCAUUUAAAUAUGAGCUUCUACGGCAUUUCUUUCAAUUAGCUUGUUCAACAACCCAGGAUCAUUACCAGUUUCUCCUCGACAAAAUUUGUAAAUCUAAGGUGCUACUAGCUCACAAUGUGACUGUACAAAAGUUGUUCUCAACCGCCGCUAUUUCAAGAUUGCGAAGGUCUUUUACUACAAAAGUGCUUUACGAUUGGUAUGGUGCUCUUUUGGGUGCUUUCACAGAGCAUGCACAGGAUGCUUCCUACACAUACUCUCUGGCUUUGGUAUGUUUCUGUUUUAAUAGUAUUGCAAAGGAUACUCUUUCCAUGGUUCACAGGCCCUUAAAACAAAAGUUUACUCUUCUUCUUCUUGGUAUUUUAAAUUCUGCUUCCUUGUCUAAUAAGCAAUGCUUGGACCUAUGUGCAGCUUUAUUUUCUUUUGAUAACAAAAUUGCUUUUGUUGAGGACAAUUCCAAGCUACUGCUUGCUUUUUUUCAAAAAAGCUUUUAUGCAAGUAUUUCUGUUCAUUCCAACUUAAUCGUUCAGCUACCGAAAUUAAUUGGAUUGGCAUUAUUGCAAUUGCCGAGCAAGCAGCAAAUACAUGAACUAAAGACUAUGCACACAAACUUGACCCUCCUAUGCAAAGAUGUUAAAAUGGAAUAUCGGAAAGAGUUUUUAUUUUCGGUAUUAAUUACUUUAGAAAUUGUUAUGCGACAACAGGCUCAUAAACGGUCAAGAACAACAUAUGAUUCUGCAAUAUGCACACUUGUUUUGAACAUACUUUAUCAAAUUCGUUUUACUCUUCAAGCUUUGAAAGAUUCUUUUUCUACUUUGGAUUUCGUGCUUUCAGUUGCAUUUUCCCGUUUGGAGAAGAAGGAAGAGUACUUAAAAUUGCUUACCUAUGAGGAGAAAAACGAUUCCACGUACUCCGUUGAAAACUUGAUUUUUGUUUAUUCUUUAUUAAAUGCAUGUCUUCGUCUUCUCAAUUUUCAUGACGGAGACAUCAUAGCAUUGUGUAAAGAGAGUAUAAAAAUCGUGUCUUCUCUCUCUGAUAAAUCGUUUGAAGGAGAUGAAUUGUUAUUUAAGUGCUGCUAUAGCGUCCAUCUUACUUUUCUAACAGAGACAAAAGCACCAAUACUGACUCCUAAAACAAAAAAUGUGUUAAGGACUCUAGCUACAAAAUCUUCUGCAAUGUCACAAUGGGUUACGGAUACUUUUUUGCGAACAGCACAAACAACUGAAAUACGUAAACGUUACUUAGACUUCAUAUUCGAACUUUUUUAUGAGUUUGAACAUACGGAACACAAAGGCGCACUUCUUCUAGCAUUCGUUGCAACACUUAAAUACAUGGAGCAUGAGUCGUUUGACUAUUGGAUUACAUUAGCCACUAUUAUUGAGAAAAGGCUUUCGGAGGAAGAUUCCUUCCACUUUAUAGACUCGAUUCUCGAUAAGGCUUCCUCGUUUUCUUCAAUACAGAAAUCUCGUUUUCUGUAUUCUUGGCUACAAAACGGGUACGGUAAAGCUCGUUAG